AUGGGUCAAAAUAGUACAACUCCUGAAGAAUUAGAAUCAAGCAGAGAAUUCACUGGACACAUUAAAAGUAUUUCAACACUUCAGUAUUUCAAUGGAAAACUGUAUAGUGGAAGUCAUGACUCAUCAUUGCGACAAUGGGAUCCCUCUGGUUCAUGUCUCUUUGUAUUUAAAGGUCAUUCCAAAUUCAUCUCAGCCAUGAUUACCUCUCCCGAAGGUAUCAUUUACACAGGAUCCGACGAUGGAGAUAUUCGUUCAUGGGCUGCCGAACGACAAGUCAUUCUACACUUGUUUAAAGGUCACUCUAAAACCAUCUCUUCUCUCACUUUGCAUGGUAAAAAACACUUGUAUAGUGGAUCCUUUGACAAUGAUAUUCGUAAAUGGGACACUGAAACUGGAGAAUGUUUACAAAUAUUUAGAGGUCAUUCCGAUAUUGUGACUGGUAUUGCUGUGAAAGGAGAUUAUAUUUACAGUUCGAGUGCUGAUAAAACCAUUCGUAAAUGGAACACUGAAGAUGGUACCUUGUUAUUAACAUUCAAUGGUCAUACUUCUUGGGUUUGGGAUUUUGUGGUCAUGGAAGAUGGAUUUCACAUGUAUAGUUGUAGUCAAGACAAAACUGUUCGAAAAUGGAAUUGCACGACUGGUAAAUGUAUGAAAGUCAUGGAAGAGGCAAAAGAUUGUGUGUGUCGUAUUGCUGUGGCAAAGAAUGUGGAUGGAAUGGGAGGAACUCAUUUGAUUACUGCUUCAUGGGAUGGUAUUAUUAGGGAGUAUAGAGUGGAUGAAGGAGAUGAAUGGAAGAGAGAUUUGAAAGGUCAUUCCACUAAAGUGAAGAAUAUUAUGGUCAAGGGAAGAAUUUUAGUGAGUGGUGGAGAUGAUAAUGAUGUGAGAAUUUGGGAUUUGAAACAUGGAAAGACUGUUUGUAUAUUGAAAGUUAGAAAACCAUUCACAAGUAUUUGUAGAGGUAAAUCUAACAAUGUGCUCUAUGUUGCAACUAGGGACGGAAACAUUAAGGAAUUUUCACUUGAAAAGACAAAGAAGAACUUUGAUGGACUCGUUGAAGAUCUUGACACUGAUCAAACAGCGACUCACUAUGCUGAAAGCAACAUUUCUGUUUAA